AUGAAAAAGGGGGCUUGUCAUCACACCGUAUUUGUGCAUGAUUUGAAAGGUAAUGAUUUGUUCGAUGGGACAUUUGAAAGACCAUUGAAAACGAUCCAAGCAGCUUUAUCUCUUACACGUAGUCUACGUGCUGUGCAUGGUAGUGACAAUACAUUAUGCAUCAUCAUACGUGGGGGAACUUAUUAUUUGGGUACCAAUAGUACUACAACAAGUAGUCAAAUUGGUGCGAUUGCACUAACAAGUAAUGAUAGUAAUCUCGUGAUUGAAAACUAUCAAAAUGAACGCGUCGUAUUGAGUGGUGGAACAUUACUAAAAUUGCAAUGGUCCGUUCAUGCGAAAACAUCAGUUGGUGGUACAAUUAUGAAAGCUCAAGUGCCACCCUCUGUCAACCUUGAUCUAUUUAAUGAAUUAUACAUCGAUGACAGAAGAGCUAUCGUCGCCAAAUAUCCCAAUGGUGAUCCUUCUACUCAGGGCUUGUAUGCAAAAGAUCCGGGAUACUCUUAUGAUGCACAAAGUUGGGUGCCACCAGUUCAUAGUCCUAGCAUUGACAUACAUGUACAAUCACCUUUUCGUGCUGGUACAGUAUUUCCUUAUUAUCAAAUUGGUCUAGCUGGCGGUGCAUCUGUUUUCAAUCCACCCCGCAACUUUUGGAGUACAGCGUCACCACCUGCUGGAGACAAUUAUGCUGUUCCUCGUGGUCUCACAGUAAAAAAAGAUGCACUACCUCAUUUAAGUAACUGGAGUAAUCCGACGACUGGUUUCGUGCAUACUUUUCAUGGUGGCUUUUGGGGUGGUUGGAUAUUUGAAAUAGCAUCAAGUAAUACUACAGAAAAUACAAUCAUGUUUAGUCGCGGAGGUUUUCAAGAAGCACGUGGUGCAGGCAACGGUGGUCCAUUUUAUGUUUCAAACAUUUUUGAAGAGCUCGACUCGCCAAAUGAAUGGUUCUUGGAUAAAAACACUCGCACUCUCUAUUUUAUGCCAAACGAUACAAUGCCUAAUGUUUUCGUUGCUAGUCAAAUUCCUUGUCUGAUUUCAGUGAGUGGCAGUGACAUCGGAAAUUCUGCUAACAAUAUAUUAAUACAAGGUUUGAUAUUCACACAAACAAGUAAUACUUAUAUGAGAGAUUAUAUGGUACCAAGUGGCGGAGAUUGGGCUGUUCAUCGAGGUGGCACUAUUUAUUUAAUAAAUACAAGAAAUAUUACCAUCGCACAUAAUUUAUUUACGCAACUAGGUAGUAAUGGUCUAGCUUUGAUUGAUUAUAAUGACGGUACCUCGAUCAUGUCCAAUGAAUUCGUAUGGUUAGCUGAUUCAGCUAUCAUUCUUGUUGGUAGUACCAAUGGAAUCGAUGGUUUUAGUGUGGCGAGUCAGCCGACUAAUACACUCAUACAAUCAAAUCUUAUCCAUGAAAUUGGUAUUUAUGUCAAACAAUCAGCACCAUUACUUAUUUCCGUGAGUCGAAGCGUAUCGGUCAUUGGCAAUCUAAUGUUCAAUAUGCCACGAGCUGGUAUUAAUAUAAAUGAUGGUUUCUAUGGUAAUCAUACUAUCAGCUACAACGUCAUCUUUAAUACUGUUCGAGAAACUAGUGACCAUGGACCAAUAAAUUCAUGGGAUCGACAGCCAUUUUUAACUGAUGCAGUGGAGUCAGGCUUACCUUCACUAUGGCAACACACAAGUUAUAUUCAUCAUAAUGUUCUAUUCAACAACUAUCGUUCUGUAUGGCCGAUCGAUCAUGACGAUGGAAGCUGUUUCUAUGAAGACAGCUAUAAUUUUCUUGUUUAUGGUGGCAAGAAAAACUAUUUAGGUCAUUCAAAGACAGAUCAUCAUGAGAUUUAUGUGUAUUCAGAUUUAAGUGGAGGCGGAUUCGGUAGUAACAAUUGCCUCAAUGAUUACAAUCCUCAACCUGGAUCUAGUGGCUGGAAUGAAACUUGGAUUCAGAACAUCUGCACACUCUAUCAAAGUUCUGUGCCAUACAAUAUUGAAAACUGUGAUACAACCAGACUCUUUGUACCAGAUUUGGCAAAUAACACUAUUUACAUACCAUUUGGCACACAAGUCGCUUUCACAUGCAAAGUCAAUGGUAUUAGUGUCCGACUCAGCUUAGCACAAUGGCAAUCAUACGGCUUAGACCUUGGUACUACGAUUCAAACAACACCUGAUGUUCAAACAAUCAUUGAAUGGGGACGUAAAAUGUUACAACACACAAUGUAA